AUGACUCCGGGUGUGUCACGACCAAUUGACGAAUUUCCUUCAAUAGCUGAAGCGUCUUCACAAUCGUCGCUGGAGCAGGAGGACGUUAAUUGUCCAUGCGAUUCCCAUGCUGGGAAGUUACUUCUGGACAACGUCUAUCCGCUGAGUGUCGACGAAAUCUAUGAGCUACUCUUCACAGACAGUCCAUGGUUCAAGAAAUUCAAUGAGGCCCUCAAAAACUCAGGCUACAUCGCAUCCGCUUGGACGACCGACAAAGAUGGUGUGCGAUCACGAACCUGUACAUAUACAAUGGCGUUGAACCAUGCAAUGGCCCCGAAAAGCUGUGUAGUGACAGAAAAGCAGAUUAUAUCCCACUUCGGACGAAAUGGUGACGGCUUCAUUGUGAAUAAAGAAACGCAGAACUCAGGUGUUCCGUACGCCAAUGACUUCACAAUUCAGUGCGUCUAUUGCGUCUCCAAGAUCAGUGAGCACGAGGCUCGAAUCAAAGUCCAUGGCGGUAUCGUAUAUAAGAAGAAUAUUUGGAGUGUGGUUCGAGGUUACAUCGAGAAAAGUACCUAUCAAGGCUUAGAUGAUCACUACAGUGCAUUGGAGAAAAUGCUCAGAGAUGAAUGUCAACGGAAAGCGAUGCGUCCAGAAGGGAAUCGAGAUGAAGUCGAUCGAUACGAUGAAGAAAGUUUAUCAUCUGUAGAAGAUCCAAUUACCGAGACUCAACCAACGCGUUCUCCUCCUCCACGAAUGCGAGCGAUCAAACGAGACACACCUGCUCAAACACCUACCACCACGGCUGUCAUUGCAGUACAACCCGACUACGGAUUUUACAUAAGGAUAAUCAUAUGCUUACUUGCUGGUUUGCUGAUUCUGAAUACGUUGCUGCUGUUCCGUGUUAAUAAAAUUGAAUCUCAACCGGCUCUUGGGGACGAUGUUGCACAGGUUCUCAAGAGAAUCGCCGAUCAAGGAAAAUCAGAUCAACAAACGGCGGCACUCGAGAACCUACUGGAGAAAGUUAAUCAGCUUGCUAGUGAAUUACAAAAACUAAAAAUGCAGAUCUCAUCUAAACAAGAGUUAUAA